AUGGAAUUAUCUAUUCAAAAUGAAUGUAAGUUUUGGAGACAAGUAUUAGAUCGGGUUAUAAAUGUCACAUUAACAUUAGCUACAUCCAACUUGUCUUUUAGAGGUCACCGAGAAACAGACUUGAGUAAAAAUAAAGAAAAUCUAUUGAGUAUGCCAGCCGGUAAGGGUACAGCAAAUUAUUUAAGUAACACUAUUCAAAAUGAGAUUAUUACUUUACUCGCAAAUCCGAUAUUAGAACAAAUUAUUUUAAGUAUUAACCGAUCACCAUUUUUUUCUGUCAUAAUGGAUACUACUCAAGACAUUAACUCUGAUGGUAAUCCUAAAACAUUGCAAAUAAAUGAAUCAUUUAUUGGCUUUGUAGAAAUUGUUGACCAAUCAAGUGCUGGUUUAGAAGAAUCUAUUAUUAAUUGUAUUACAAAAAAUAAUUUAAAUUUGUCAAAACUUCGUGGUCAAGGGUAUGAUGGGGCUGCCAACAUGAGUGGUGUAUAUUCAGGUGUCCAGGCUAGGUUAAAAUUUAAACAAAAAUUGGCUACAUAUAUCCAUUGUGCUUCACAAAAUUUGAACUUAGUUCUAAACGAUGCAAUGAAUUCAUCAACGGAA